AUGAGUCGUCUAGUGCGGAUUGUUCCCGCGGUGCCUCCAAUACUGGCGUUCCACAAAUUUGGCAAUGUAAAAACGAAGCUAGUGGACGCCGAGAGUGAGGAUAUGAUACUGCAGGCUCGCACCAGUUUAUACCCGUUCAUUGGUGGCGAAUGCCAUAUAUGUGGUGUCUUGCAUCAUUGCAGCAGGCUGGAGGAACUUCGCGAGUCGACACAUAAUUCUCAAUCAAAGCUGCGACCGGUCGUGAAGCAGCCCUUUGUUUGCGGUACAGACAAGAAUGCGGUCACUCACAAGGCGGCGCAGGUCGCCCAACACAAUAACUCGUCUCACCAGCACACGCAACCAGGCGGAACCUUCGCCUCAUCGCAAGUGCAAUACAGGCCGGGACCCAAUGCGAUUCCUCUCGAAGCCGAGAGGUCACAGAGGAACAACGCAAGCGCAAGAUACAAAGGCCAGACCAUGGAGCCGGGAGAGAAACAAUGCUUGCAACAAAUGAAUGCUCCUUGCAUUAUACGGCUGAACCGAAACUCAAGCACAUCCGCAUACAACCUCCAAACCUCACUUCCCUUGGGAGAAACCACACAGCCCACGAACACGGAGUCUAUAGAGCUGUCACUAGCCGGCGAGGGCGACCUUCCUUCACCUCCACUUCAUCUCCGCAAUGCAAUCGCUCCGCCAGAUAUUCGGCGAUCACAAGCCACGCCUCCAAAUGCCAGUCAAUCAUGCAGCGCAAUAUCGCAUCCCCUUCCCCUUCCAUCUCUGCCUUCUGCACUCAUCGCAUACGUACCCAACGGCCACGCCGCUUGCCCUACGUACUUACCCCAUGUACGCACAGAACGCCAAGCAGUCCUGCUCGGCUUAGUCCCUUUGGAGUACUCGCGGCCAGAACCCCCCACCUCGCGUACGCCCCAGGGACCGUGA